AUGAACUGCAAGGGGCACCCGUCGCUGCUGCUGCUGCUGCUGCUGCUUCCUGUGCUGCUGGGGCUGCUGCAGCUGUUCAAUAAUAUGUCUGAAAAUAGGAGAUUAAUGUAUUUAAUCAGUGGACCUGGUGUGGAUGAAUAUCCAGAGGUUGGUUUGUUUUCUAUAGAAGAUCACAAGAAUGGAAAAAUAUAUGUUCACCGCUCUGUCGAUCGUGAAACAACACCGUCUUUUAUGGUCUGCUUCGAUGCUGUGGAUCGCUCAACAGGGGAAACUGUGGAUAAAUCCUUGAUUUUCAACAUUAGAAUCAGGGAUGUAAAUGAUCACGCACCCCAGUUUCCUGAGAAGGAAUUUAACGUCAGUGUGAAAGAGAACCAAGCUGCAGGUCAGCCUAUCUUUCAGAUGUUGGCAGUUGAUUUGGAUCAAGAAAACACUCCAAAUUCUCAAGUCCUUUAUUUCCUCGUUUCUCAAACACCAUUACUGAAAGAAAGCAGUUUCCGGAUUGAUCGUAUUAGCGGAGAAAUAAAACUCUCAGGAUGUUUAGAUUAUGAGACUGCGGCUCAGUUUACACUCAUCAUCAGAGCCCAGGACGGUGGAGAGCCAUCGCUGUCAUCCACAGCCACAGUUCACAUGGAUGUGCAAGACGGCAACAACCACGUGCCUGCAUUUACCCAGGAAAAUUACAAGAUUCAGGUUUCUGAAGGUCAAGUCAUCCAGGGCGUGUUGCGUCUCCCUGUCCAAGAUGGCGAUUCACCAUCGACAGCAGCUUGGAGAGUGCAAUUCAACAUAUCACGUGGCAACGAAGAGGGACAUUUUGACAUUUUGACUGACCCUGAGACCAAUGAAGGCGUUUUGAAUGUCAUCAAGCCUCUGGAUCACGAAACCCACCCGGUGCGAAGCCUCGUCAUCACCGCGGAGAAUGAGGAGCGGCCCUUCCUCUGCGAGGGGGGCGAGCUCCAGCAGCCCAGGAGGGCGGCGGCAAGUGCCACCGUGAGUGUGCAGGUGACCGAUGCCAAUGACCCACCGGCCUUUCACCCUGAGAGCUUCCUGGUCAGCAAAGAGGAGGGCGCCAGGCCCGGAACCCGGCUGGGAACUUUCAACGCCCUGGAUCCAGACGGCAGCGCAAGCCAGAUAAGAUACAAACUGGUCCAUGACCCAGCAAAUUGGGUUGCCGUAGAUGAACACUCGGGAGUUGUCAUCACCACGAAGCCAAUUGACCGAGAAUCGCCUCACGUCAAUGACAGCUUUUACACAAUCGUCGUUCACGCUGUCGAUACUGGCGUCCCACCACAGACGGGCACAGGGACGCUGCUGCUCUUCCUGUCUGACAUCAAUGACAACGCCCCCGCUCUCCAGCCCGGUUCUCGCGACGUGGAGGUGUGUGAGUCUGCGGGGAACGAGCCCCUCCUCAUCGAGGCAGACGAUCCGGACCUGGAGCCCUACUCUGACCCGUUUACAUUCGAGCUGGACGAUACCUGGGGACAUGCAGAGGACACAUGGAGAUUGGGCAAAAAUUGGGGUCGGUCAGUUGAACUUUUCAUGUUGAGAAGCCUCCCACGUGGUAGCUACUCGGUGCCGCUCAUCAUUGGAGACAGACAGGGGGUCUCCCAGAGGCAGACUGUCCACGUGAGGAUCUGUUCCUGCCCCGGUGGGUUCGCGUGUGUGGAACACUCACACGCAGGAGCAGAGCUCGUGGGGGCCCUGUCCUUGGCCUGCGUGGCAUUCGUGGCUCUGGCAGUGGCUCUGCUUUUACUGCUGCGAUGCUAUUUUGCAUUUCAACCCAAGAGGCGCAGAUGCUCUCUCCUCAGUGACAAAGGCCACCAGACCCUGAUUGUGUAUAACGACGAGAGCAAAGCCACCUCAGCCCAGACACAGUCAGAUGUCAAGGGCCAGAUGCCAGCUCUGCAGACACACACGGCCGUGGCGGGGGCCAAGCUGAGUGCUGAGGGUCUCGGUGACCUGCCGCCGUCAACAGCGGCUUCAUCAGACCAAGUACGCUUCGCUCUGGGGACUCCGGGCCAUGGCGUACUCUUUGAGCCAAGAGGAGCGAAAAACAAAUACUCUACUCCCGUCUACCCAGGUGGCGCAAUGCCCAGGAGACUGCUGGCCCCCGUGGAAGGAAGGAUAGAGGAGACACUGCGUCAGAAGCUCCGUGCCGUGGACGUGCAGGAAGAUGACGGCGGCUGCCAGCCCCACGUCUACCUGGAGGAGGGAACGAGCGCAGGGGCCCCGUCCCUCAGUUCCCUCGCUGUCUCGGAGCAGGAGCUGCCGCCCGACGUGCUGGACUACCUGGGUUCGAAAGCUGCCGCACUUGGGGAGAUGUAUUCCCAGCGAGGCGUCUCUUCCUUGCUCAAGGUUACGCAGCCGGGAAGUGAACAAGGUGGCCUGUGA